UGAUGGGUUUGGAGGGUUCCCUGUUGUGGCCUUUGUUUGCAUUGGCAUCAUGUGUGAAAUUAAUGCUUGUUCCGGCAUACCAUUCCACGGACUUUGAGGUACAUCGUAAUUGGUUGGCCAUAACCAACUCACUGCCUCUGAAACAAUGGUAUUAUGAGGCGACCAGUGAAUGGACCUUAGAUUAUCCACCAUUCUUUGCCUACUUUGAAUGGGUGCUAUCAAAAUUCGCUGCAUUUGUAGACCCCAAAAUGUUGGAAGUCAAUAAUCUUAAUUAUGCCUCAACGGAAACAAAAUAUUUCCAAAGAAUAUCUGUAAUGGUUAUGGACUUUAUUUACAUGUAUGGAGUAUGGCGUUGUUUAAGAUCCCUUAAACUAAUGGGCGUGAAAAUGCAUCAAGCCUCUGUGGAAGUGUUUUUACUGCUAAACAUUGGUCUCAUAUAUGUGGACCACAUUCACUUCCAGUAUAAUGGAUUUCUUUUUGGCAUUCUACUGUUGAGUAUAAGUUACUUACUCGAAGAACGUUAUGUCAAGUGUGCAUUCUUCUUCGCAUGUUUGCUGAAUUUUAAACACAUUUUCAUUUAUAUGGCACCGGCGUUUGGAAUUUACCUGUUGCGUCAUUAUUGUUUAGAUCCUAGUAAAAAUCCAUUAUUUGCCUUUGUGAAAUUGCUGGCAGCUGGACUGACACCAUUUGUGGUCUCGUUUGGACCAUUUUGGCAACAUAUACCGCAGGUGUUGAGUCGUCUAUUUCCCUUUAAACGUGGUCUGACACAUGCCUAUUGGGCACCGAAUUUUUGGGCUCUUUAUAAUACUGCGGAUAAAGUUGCUGCUGUUGCGUUGAGGGCUCAUUCAAAAUCUGGUGCAUCAACCACAUCGGGUUUGGUCCAAGAAUUUGAACAUGUCGUAUUGCCAUCUGUUCGGCCGAUGGUCACAUUUGUCCUAACUCUUGUAUCGAUGAUACCGAUUUUGUUAAGUCUGUGCCGUUUUAAACAUAAGAGAGAUAGUAAAAUUGCAUUUAUACGCGCCGUGGUAAUUUGUUCGGCUUGUUCCUUUAUGUUCGGUUGGCAUGUUCAUGAGAAAGCCAUACUGAUGUGUUUGAUACCACUUUGUUUCUUGUUCUGUGUCAGUGCCACGGAUGCGAAAUAUGCCUUUAUGCUAAGUGCAGUGGGUUAUUUCUCUCUAUUCCCACUACUGUUCCAGGUGGAUUUAUUCAUCAUACGCUAUUCGUUGUAUUUGGCGUAUAUGGCAUUCAUGUAUUUGGCCUAUGUACGUUUCUAUCAGACAUCACCCGGUAUGAACCUGCUGGAAGACCUUUACAUUUAUGGUUUGGUAUUGAUACCAAUCUAUGAACAUAUUAUUGGACCCAUGACAGGACUAAAUGACAAGUUGCCAUUUGUACCACUACUAUUGUAUUCAUCAUAUUGUGGUGUGGGUGUCCUAUAUUGUUUUAUACGUUACUAUAUUUAUGCAUUAGAACCUAAGCUUGAUACGACAAUUAUUAAGACUAAUAAGCAAACACAACAAAAACAACAAACUAAAUUAAAAUCAAAACAUGUAACAACUACUUCGGCUUCCAAGUCGAAUGGUGGUGGCAAUCAAGAUAGAAUCAAGACCACUGUAAAGUUGCCGGCAGAGAAGUCGAAGGAGAAACUGAAAUAA